AUGGCGAGCGCUCAAGACGACCUUCGAAAGAUCGCAGAAGGCGUCGACCUAAAAGCAAAGACAUUGGUCAACAAUGACCUAAAGGAGAUUUGCCGCAACGAGGGUCUCCAAGUAUCCGGAGUGAAGGCUGCCCUGCAGAAGCGCAUCUCGGAAGCCAUAUCUGGCCAUCUCCGUCGAGGCGACGCAGACGCAAUCGAGCGAUACCGAUACCGAGUCAACCACCAAGGCCGUUCCCCUCCGGCCCCAAGUCUGCAAUCCUCACUGGCCCGCGACACCAUCACUCCCAUCUCUCCAGCCCCGCGCACCACCACUGGUAUGCCUCCCAGCUACACAAGGCCUGCCGCCGGCUUGUCUCAUUAUCACCAACCUCCGCCGCGUCCUGCCGCAUCGUCUCGUCCGUCGGUCAAGUUCAGAUCGAGUCCCUUCUAUGAAAUCAAAGAAGCAAUUACACCCACACGAGACCUCUCAGAGAUGCCACACAACCGACACUCUUUACACGAGACGGUCAAGCUCAGCGAACCCACUUGCGCAGCCAUCAAAGCCGACCCCACUCUGCGCAUCAUGCUCUACUGCGCCGCUACUUCGACCCUCGGUCCGUAUGCCUUCAAUAUCGACAUUGCAUUCCCGAGUCAAAUCGAGGUCAAGGUUAAUGGUGAUGAAGUGCGCAAGAGCUUUAAGGGUUUGAAGAACAAGCCCGGUACCACCAAACCGGUUGACAUCACAGAUCUCAUUAGAAAGGCCCCAGGAUAUCAGAAUGACAUCCUCGUGACUUACGCGCUCACGAAGGAAAAAUUUUCCCUCAUGGUCAACCUUGUCAAGGUGACAUCUGCGACCCACCUCGCAACUCAACUCCAAAAAACCGGGAGUAGAAUUCCCAAGGACACUGUUCUCAGAGAAAUGGCGGCCAAGGCCUCGGAUCCGGAUAUCGUCACCACUUCUACUGUCAUGUCUUUGAAAGAUCCUAUCUCAACAAUGCGCAUCAACCUUCCUUGCAGAUCCAACGUCUGUUCGCACAACCAGUGCUUUGAUGGCUCUUACUUUCUGCAGCUUCAAGAACAGGCUCCAACGUGGACGUGUCCAGUCUGCAACAAGACCAUCUCCUACCAGAGUCUUUGUGUCGACAACUAUGUGCAAGACAUCCUACAGAACACUUCAAACUCUGUCGAUCAGGUCACGAUCGAGUCUGAUGGCCAAUGGAAAGCAAUCGAACAUGGAGAUGACGCCAACAGUCGUCAAAAGUCGCAGCCCCGCGCAGCUUACGACAAUGACAGUGAGGACGACGACGACAUCAUCGAGAUCCAAGACACUCCCAAGAAGUCCGACAAAGUGGAACAGAUCAAGACUGAAGGCGGCUCAGCCACACCAGCACUCGCGCAGCAAACACCUCCAGUAUCACGCGAAGCAUCGACAGUUGCACCUCGACCAAGUGCCAAACGCCCUUCUGCGGUCAUCGACUUGACCCUAUCGGACGAUGAGGAUGAACCCCCACGGCCAGCUAAACGCACCAACACGAGUCAGAACACUUCCUAUAAUACUCCGGCGAGUCUCCAAGACGGCAGGUUUGCUGACUUGGCCAACAGACCGUCUGGUAUAAAUGGAUCUGGCUUACCACCAAUGAAUCCCGGCGACACUCUUGCAUUACCACCAAUUACAGCACCCCAGCCAAAUGGAGGAUUACCACAAGGUCAACGACUACCGUGGCCAGUCGGGGCGCCCCUCUGGUCCAAUUCCUACAGAGAUUCGCAAAGCUACAGCAACAGUCCAUCCUAG